AGAGUAGCAACCUUUACUUUGAAACAGCUGACACGUCAUGUAUAAAAUAAACAUAACCUCGAUCGUUUUUACCAAAUAACAAUUUGGAUUAGCAAAACAAGUCUCUCCGAUUCUCACUAAAGAUAUUAUAAAUUCCUUAAUCUUAAUGGAUCAUUUGUAUAUCGAAAUCAGCUCAGAGAAUGGUGCUGAGACUGAAUUUUUCACGACAAUUAAGUCCUUUACUGCGCUGUAUGUCUACCUAUUUUUAGAAAAGCCCAAAACUAUAAAACUAUGUUUUGUACUUUCAAAGAAUUUGCAUAAUUUUGGAAAAAUAAAAUUGAAUUCAGAGUUAUUGAAAAGGGAAUUGACGGAAAAUGAUAUUAUUUGUAAUGAUAGUACAAGUGAACAGCAUAUUUUAGAUCUUCAUCUCCCUCUAUAUGGCAAAAAUGGUGAUACCUUCAUUGCCGGCAUGUGUGCUGUGUGCCGAGAAAUAAUUCAUCAGUCGGAUAAAAAGGAGUUGCUAGGAUUUAAGGAAAGCUGUUUAUUAGCUCCUGCCGAAGCGUCGAUUUGGACACGUUAUUUUGAAGUGGACAUAGUGCGUGUUCUGUGCGGCACACUCACAAAAAUAGAGAAUAAUAUCGAGUGUAGCGAUUUUCCAAUAGAAUGUGUGCACUUUGAGAACCACAUGAAUGAACCUGUCCGAAUGCACAACAUAUAUAAAUUGGCCCGUGAGAGAGCCAAUGAACAAGGUUCUAGCAAUGUGGAAGACAAUGAUGGCCAUAGGAAGAAAGUGACCAUUGAAUGCAAAAUUCCGAAAGAACAAUUGGCCAUUGAUCACAAGUUUGCAGAAGGUGUGUCAUUUACUAUUGCGGAUUUGAUUCUUUAUCCAUAUAUUCGGAUUAUAUUUCAUUGUUAUACGGGAAUGCUGGAUAAAUUUCCCCUAACAAAGAGAUGGCUUCAUGAGGUUGACGAUUUUGAACCCAAGUGCGCGCAUAUCCUUAAAGAAUGCUGUAUAUUUCCUUCUGGAUUUGCUAAGACAGGAUGUUGGAAUCUACCCAAAUGUGAUGCUUUCAGCCUUUACAAAAGCGAUCCCAAGAGAUAUAAACCUCGAAAUCGAAUAUUUACUGAACAAAAAGAAGUUGAUGUCGCUCUUAACAAGCUGCAAAGCUUAGGUAUAAGUUUUAAUAGUAUCUCUGACUGUAGAUACGAUCAGUUCAAUGUCGACUGGGACCAUAUAGAACCAUCACACGCUGUAAGCUCGGCUUUGCCUAUAAACAGAUUGGAAAGAAAGCGCCAACAAUUGGAGAAUUUAGCAAAUGCUGUUGUCUCCCUUUCUAAUCCCGGAUAUCGUAUUAUUGACUUUUGUAGCGGUACAGGUCAUUUAGGCCUUCUUUUAGCUCUCCAACUUCCUGAAUGCACUGUGAUUUUAUUGGAAAACAAACCGUUCUCCUUACAAAAGGCAAAGGAGAGAGCACGAGAAUUAAAUUUAAGAAACGUGAAAUUUUAUCAAAGCAAUAUAGACUAUUUCAAUGGACAUUUUGAUAUUGGCUGUUCACUUCACGCUUGCGGAACUGCAACGGAUAUAGUGUUAGCACAAUGUCACAGAGUUAAAGCUAUGUUUGUAACUUGUCCGUGUUGUUAUGGAUCUCUACAACCAAUGCCCCACAUAAAAUAUCCUUUAAGUAAAGAAUUUCGUUCAGUGUUAACGGAAAAAGAAUUUUUGUACAUUGCACAUACGGCCGAUCAAGCUCACGCCUUGGGGACAUUGAACUGCUCACCAGAGACCACGAUGCAGGGACAACUUUGUAUGGACAUAGUUGACACCGACAGAAAGUUGCAAGCAGAAAACAUAGGAUAUAAGGUCACCUUAACACGAUUAAAGCCCGAGAAUUGCACACCAAAGAACAGACUCCUUGUUGGUAAAUAUUGUAAUGACAACUAAGUCUUUAAAUAAAUUUUAUUUUUACAAAAAGUGA